CAAGUAGUUCUUAGAAUCAUGCAGCUGUAUCAUCACCCAUAUUCAUUGGACAGCCAAAAAGUAAGGCUGGCUUUGGAGGAGAAAGGCAUUGAUUACACAUCCUUCCAUGUGAAUCCGAUAACAGGCAAAAAUUUGAGGCCUUCCUUCUUCAGAAUGAACCCGACUGCAAGACUCCCUGUUUUCCAGAAUGGUUCGCAUGUCAUCUUUGAUACUAUUGAAAUCAUUCAGUACAUAGAGAGAAUUGCACUUGUCUCUGUUGGUAGCGAUGGCAUCGCCUUCAGCAGUGAUGAAGUCAUUAAGUGGAUGCAUAAAAUACAGGAGUGGAAUCCAAAGUUUUUCACAUUAUCCCACGUCCCUGAGAAGUAUCGGCAAGCAGUGUCCAAGUUUUUAAGAAGAGUCUUGAUUGCUCGGAUGGCCGAGUCGCAUGACCUGGCAAGUUCCUACCACCGUAAGCUAAAAGAGGCGUAUGACACUGAAGAGAAGCUGAGAGACCCAGAUGUUGUAAGGCGGAGCAAGGAACAUCUAAUCAGACUUCUUGAUGAAAUCGAGGACAAGUUGAAUGAGACGGCUUAUAUUGCAGGGGAAGAGUUCAGCAUGGCAGAUGUGAUGUUAAUGCCCGUGCUAGCUCGUUUGGCACUCCUGAAUUUGGAAGACGAGUAUAUAAACAGCAGGCCAAACAUGGCCAAAUACUGGAGUUUGGUUCAGCAAAGGCCUUCCUAUAAAAAAGUGAUAGGAAGAUACUUUGGCAGCUGGAGGAAGUACAAGACCCUGGCUAAGACUUGGUGUUUCAUACGGCUCAGGAGCACGCUGAAGAAGUAUUAACUUCUUGCCGCUGUAGGAAGAUCUCGAAACUGUAAAUGAGGGUGGGGAUAGUUUUAGUUGUGAAUAGUCUAUAGGCAAAAUUUUCCUUUCAAAUACGUCCUGUAACUUUUCCCUGUAUAAUUGAAAGGGAUCUUUUCCUUUGUGUUGAAAGAGCAGGCAGUUGAAUUUUUCAUGGACUGGACUGCAUUCUCUUCUGAAUUCCCUUUGAGGUUGAAAUAAUUAUGUAGAAACAAGCAUGUUAUGAAAAUAAUAAAUUG